AUGGCCAGAACUGGAAGCUCGCGAGGAUCAAGAGCAAGGACCGUGCCUGAGCAGGAGGAGCCUGACGGGAAAGCCGAAUGUGGCCCUACCCCGGGCGGCGGUGCCCCCUGGCACCUUCGAAAUGUCCUCGGUGACUCUGUGGAGAGCUCGGAUGAUGAAUUCUUUGAUGCUAGAGAGGAGAUGGCUGAAGGGAAGAAUGCCAUCCUCAUUGGGAUGAGCCAGUGGAAUUCAAAUGACCUGGUGGAACAGAUCGAGACCAUGGGCAAACUGGAGGAACAUCAAGGAGAAGGGAGCAUGCCAUGCACAUCCAGCAUCCUCCAGGAGAAGCAGCGAGAACUGUACCGGGUUUCCUUAAGAAGACAGAGGUUCCCGGCCCAGGGAAGCAUUGAGAUCCACGAAGACAAUGAGGAAGUCUGCCCACAGCGCUCCUGCAAGACGCACGUCCUCCUGCUGGUGCUGCAUGGGGGCAACGUCCUGGACGUGGGCUCGGGAGACCCAUCCUGCAAGGCAGCCGACAUCCACACCUUCAGCUCCGUGCUGGAGAAGGUCAUGCGCGCCCACUUCCCUGCAGCCCUGGGCCACAUCCUCAUUAAAUUCGUCCCCUGUCCUGCCAUCUGCUCUGAAGCUUUCUCUCUUGUUUCCAACCUGAACCCCUACAGCCAUGAUGAGGGCUGUCUCAGCAACAUCCAGGACCAUGUGCCUCUGGCCGCCCUGCCCCUCUUGGCCAUCUCUUCCCCGCAGUACCAGGAUGCGAUUGCCACAGUCAUCGAGCGAGCCAACCAGGUCUACGCAGAGUUCCUCAAGUCCUCUGAUGGCAUUGGCUUCAGUGGGCAGGUGUGUCUCAUCGGGGACUGUGUGGGGGGCCUCCUGGCCUUUGAUGCCAUCUGCUACAGUGCAGGGCCCUCAGGCGACAGCCCUGGCAGCAGCAGCCGGAAGGGGAGCAUCAGCAGCACCCAGGACACCCCAGUUGCAGCGGAUGAGGAGUGCAGUCUGGCCAACAGCAAGCGGCUCAGCAAAAGCAGCAUUGACGUCUCCAGCGUGUUGGAGGAUGAGGAGCCCAAGAGGCCGUUGCCACGGAAACAGAGCGAUUCCUCCACCUAUGACUGCGAGGCCAUCACCCAGCAUCAUGCCUUCUUAUCAAGCAUCCACUCGAGCAUGCUGAAGGAUGAGGCCGAGCCCCCUGCAGCUAGCGGGCCCCAGAUCCCUGAGGUCAGCCUGGGCCGCUUGGACUUUGACGUGUCCGACUUCUUCCUCUUCGGCUCGCCUCUUGGCCUGGUCUUGGCCAUGCGGAGGACGGUGCUGCCGGGCUUGGAUGGCUUCCAGGUGCGUCCUGCCUGCAGCCAGGUCUACAGCUUCUUCCACUGUGCAGACCCCUCCGCCUCGAGGCUUGAGCCACUGCUGGAGCCCAAGUUCCACCUGGUGCCGCCCAUCAGCGUGCCCCGCUACCAGAGGUUUCCAAUGGGUGACGGACAGUCCCUUCUCCUCGCUGACGCCCUGCACACCCACAGUUCUCUCUUUCUGGAGGGCAGCUCUCAGGGUAGCCCACCACACCUGGAUGCCCCUGCCUCGCCCCCUCAGGCCCUGAGGUCCCAGCGCCUGGUACGGAGGAUGAGCCAGGGCAGCUCCCACAGUGACAGCUCGGAGUCUUCAGACAGCUUGGCACCUGUGGGCACUUCUCACAUCACAGCCAAGUGGUGGGGUGCCAAGCGCAUCGACUAUGCCCUGUACUGCCCUGAAGUCCUCACAGCCUUCCCCACUGUGGCACUACCCCACCUGUUCCAUGCCAGCUAUUGGGAGUCCACAGACGUGGUGGCCUUCAUCCUGAGACAGGUGAUGCGCUAUGAGAGCGUGACUGUCAAGGAGAGCGCUGGCUUGGAUCCCGCAGCACUGAGUCCUGCUAAUCCCCGGGAGAAGUGGCUUCGUAAGAGGACCCAGGUCAAGCUGCGGAACGUCACUGCUAACCACCGGGCCAACGAUGUGAUUGCUGCUGAAGAUGGCCCUCAGGUCCUUGUGGGGCGAUUCAUGUAUGGGCCCCUCGACAUGGUGGCUCUGACAGGAGAGAAGGUGGAUAUCCUGGUGAUGGCAGAGCCAUCUUCAGGCCGCUGGGUGCACCUGGACACAGAGAUCACCAACAGCAGUGGCCGAAUCACGUACAGCGUGCCGCGGCCCCGGCGCAUGGGCGUUGGUGUCUACCCUGUGAAGAUGGUUGUCAGGGGCGACCAGACCUGUGCGAUGAGCUACCUCACGGUGCUGCCCCGCGGCAUGGAGUGUGUGGUGUUCAGCAUCGAUGGGUCCUUUGCAGCCAGCGUGUCUAUCAUGGGAAGUGACCCCAAGGUCCGGCCGGGGGCAGUGGAUGUUGUCCGGCAUUGGCAAGACCUGGGCUACAUGAUCCUCUAUAUCACGGGGCGGCCGGACAUGCAGAAGCAGCGGGUGGUGUCAUGGCUGUCCCAGCACAACUUCCCACAGGGCAUGAUCUUCUUCUCUGAUGGGCUGGUGCACGACCCACUGCGGCAGAAAGCCAUCUUCCUCCGCAACCUCGUGCAGGAGUGCUUCAUCAAAAUCAGCGCUGCCUAUGGCUCCACGAAGGACAUCUCUGUCUACAGUGUGCUGGGCCUGCCACCCUCCCAGAUCUUCAUUGUGGGCCGGCCCACCAAGAAGUACCAAACCCAGUGCCAGUUCCUGAGCGAAGGCUACGCUGCACACCUGGCGGCACUGGAGGCCAGCCACCGCUCGCGCCCCAAGAAGAACAACUCGCGCAUGAUCCUGCGCAAGGGCAGCUUCGGCCUGCACGCGCAGCCGGACUUCCUGCGCAAGCGCAACCACCUGCGUAGGACCAUGUCAGUGCAGCAGCCAGACCCGCCCACCAACCCCAAGCCCGAGCGCGCCCAGAGCCAGCCAGAGUCUGACAAGGACCACGAGCGCCCCCUGCCUGCGCUCAGCUGGGCACGUGGGCCCCCCAAGUUCGAGUCGGUGCCCUGAGGGCCAGGCUGUGCGUGGAGUAGGGGGGCACUACUAAGCUGCCUGAGGGGACGGAGAGCUGCCUUCUCCCCGGCACAGGCCUUUUCCUGCUUUUUCCCUCCCGUGUCUGUCCAGCAGUGUCCGACCACAGCGGGGAGGGAUCCUGCCCGGCCUUGGGGGGCUCCCUAGGCUUCAAGGGGGUGAGAUCCCGGGUCUUAGUGCAGCCGCUGCUGCCACCCCUGUACCUGCGACUUCAAGCCCAAGUAAGGGUUGAUGUCUGUGUAAUCCUGGGGGUAGGCCUGCCUGGAGGUGGAGUGUUUGACAAAGAUGACCAGCUCUCUGAGUUUGUGAGGCCUCCACAGCAAUGCUAGACAGGCCCUAAAGGGAGAAGCCCCCAGACCAAGGAUCGACAGCCGCUGGCAGGUACAGCUGAUUGGCUGUCUGGUGGAGGGGCUAGUGGCAUUUGUGCCUGCCUUCCCUGUGACAUCCUGGGUUACCAUCUUGGGCCUGGCCUCCUGUGGCAAAGCGGCCACUUUCUGGGAGAGGAUGUCCCGGGGGCUCAUCCUGUGUUCAGGUGUCUGUCCAUGGCCCUUGGCAGGUGGGGUCUGGUGCUGAUGGUGUGUCUUCCUGCAGCUGUUCACGUUCCCCCUUCUUGUCCUCAGUAUCUUCACUAUUCUCCCGUGGCCCUGGAGGACAGUUGUUACUCUUCCCAGAGUCCUGCCUGGUGCCCUGCCUUGUGAGGCUUCCACUUUGGGCUCUGGCCUAGCUGGGCUAGCUGUGAGCCCUUGAGCCAGUAGCUGGCCCUCUCUGGGCCCUGCCUCGCUUAAAUAAUUGAGGGAUCUCAGCUGAGAUAGGUGUGAGUUUUUGACUCCUAUGCUGUCCCAUACUUCUGCCCUCUGAGGCUUUUCAGGUCUAAGAGCCCCUCUGAGUGCCCAGUGACCUAUAUCGGCCCCACAGUCUGGGAGCGGAGCUCUGGGAGCAGCUCUUGCCCCACUACUUCAAAGGAAGCCCCUGGGGUUGGGGGAAGGGGUCCCUGCUCCAUGGAGACAUUUGCUUUGCACUGAUGCCCAAAAACGGUGUCCCAGGGAGAGAGACAUCCUCCCAGAGGGCAAUGAUCUGGCUACUCCUUCCCAGCUCUGCCCAGACUGGCUCCGGAAAAGGCAUAGAGCUGAGAUCCCAGAGUUCUGGGGGGGUGGUUCAUGUAGUUUUGGCUCAAACUGUUGUAUUCUCUCCCCUUCCUCCUGCCACUCAGCUUGGUUUGGUGCCCAUAACCUCCUGUUGGGUCAUCCCCUGAGGUUGGCAGAGUGUGGCUCUCCUGGGGCCCCUCAAAGCCCAUGCCGGCCCUUGUGCUGCGGGGCCCCUGGCCUGGGCGUUGGUCUCCUGCACUCUCACCCCCACUCUCUGGCCCAGGCCCACACCUGUGUGGGGCUACCUGGGCUUGCCUCUGAGCCCUGGCAGGCUGUCACUGAGGCUGGUCCAGCUCUUUCAGCCAGGGCUCUGUGUCAGGGCCUGGGCUGCCCCGGGGCCCGGACAAAUGUAUACACAGCAGGCACCUGUGUCAGCUCAGUGCCGCUUCUGCUCAAUGUCUACCUCUUGCAGUUCCCAUGUGGCCAGUGUCUUCCCCGACUGCAGCUGCUGGUGGGGGCGGCUGGCACCACCGGCAAACCAGGCACCCUGCUAGGGCCGGAGGGGUCCAGGCCCCCAGCCCCCACCCUGCUCUUUCUACUAGAAAUGUGUCUUCUGCUAGCUCCUGCCACAUCCACCCAACCUGUCAGCUCUCUUCUCCACUUUCAGCCCUACAUCUGCAUUUAAGCAGCACUGAGCUGCAGGCAAGUCUGUUGGGAAGGAGUGAUCACCCUCAGCUUCCUCUCUGGUCCUGCCUCCUGGUGGUUCACAUUCCUCCCUUCACAUGUCAUCAUUCAUGGCUCUCCAUAAGGCCCCAGCUCAUGUGGCAUGGCCGCCUCCACCUUAAUCCUUCUUUUCCUUCCCAGAAUAUACCCUGAAUUAAACUUGGGCAGACUUAGUCUGAUUCUCUACCAUCUCCUUUUUGCAGAAGCCACUGAUGUAUUACUCUCAAAUAAUUAUCAUGAGAUACUUCUCCCCAAGUUCGAUUCCCUCUACCCUUUCUGAGAACCCCAAGCUUGGAGCAGGAGAGAGAAAGCAUGCCGGGCCCCUGGGGAAUUUGGCAUCUGAACAAGGUUCUGUGGUUCUGGGGGACCAAGCUGGGACAUGAGACCCAGCAGGAGGGCUACCACUCCUUCCUUUCCGGAGCUCCCGGUUGGGGCUCUGAUGACUCACAUCUGAGAUGCUGAAGGUGUACAGUGAGAUAUUGUGAACACACGUUCUAGGAGCUUUAGUUGGUGUGUGACUGUGUGUAUAUGCGGUUCUGUGUGGUGACCAGACUCAGAUAAUGAAGGUUUCAGUACUGCUUUCCUGGCAACUUUGUAACUAAUAUGCACUUUCUCUACUAGUGGUUUGUUCAAUUGUGUCUGUCCAGUUACGUUGGAGAAAAAACAAAGAACCAAGUCCUGUUGUUCUCUGGAGGUGGGGGCUGCUGCCUCUUCCAGAGUAGUUCUGUGACCCAAGUCUGGCUGUUUUCUAGAGAAUCCAUCUAGCUUCAGGUGUGCCUGCUCCUCAGGAGCUGGAAAACAGAUUUUCCUGCCUGACCAAAGCUCCGUUUCUUGCAUAGCCUGUUAGUUUUUCCCAGUCUGGUGGCUGUCUUGACAGAGGGCCUGUCUGCCGCCUUCCUCUCUCUUUGCCCUGUUGGGAGUUCAGGGUGCACCCACAACUGGCACCUGGGUUUUUUCUAAAGAGCUUGACUCCUCCCUUAGGCUCCACAAAAUAUUUUGAAAAUAAAGAAGACUUCUCAUGGAUUUGAAUGAAUGCCCCUCUUGCCUGGAUGCUGGGCCAGAGAAAACAAACAUGUUUAAACUAGUAUUCCAGAUUACUGGGAGGCGGGCUCUCUGAAAGAGGGGAGGCUGAGUCUCAUGGCUUUUAAACUCCUUUUACUACCCUGGAGUCCAUACCCACACCCAGAAGUGUCCUGCUGACAAAACGUGGCACCAAUUUUUAAAUGAAAGCUGGACCUGAGGCAGAGUCCAGAGGUGGUGCGGUUUUGCACGGACACUCUCUAACCCAGUGCAGGUGUGGCCCUACCCCGGAAGGGUGCCCUGACUGUGAAGGAGCCUUGCAGCUGACCCCGCCUUAAACAACUUUUCCACCGAAUCCCGGGGGUUUGGGUGCCAAGUGCUCUGGAAACCUAUUCUCUUUGGCUCAGCCAAAAGAAAAGUCACCUCCCUCCUUCUGCUCCCUCUGGGCUUGGGGGAGCUUUCUUAAAAAUCAUAGUUAGGGUUAAGUCCGAGCAGCAAGGCUUGGUCUGGGUCCUGCUCUCUUUGCUGAGGAAACAACAGAGUGAUUGGGAUAAAUAUCAGUUGGUUCCCACUCUCCUUGGGAGAAGGAGAGGCAGUUGACACCAAGGAAGGGCAGGACAGGAGGGCAGCUUGCUCGUGGGGACCCCCACCCUCGGACCCCGCUGUCAUUUUCUAUUUGUUUACUUGGUGGUGGCAGCCUGUCUGAUCUUGUCUGUGAUCUGACUGUUCCUAAGUGUGUAACUCUCAGUAUUAUCUGUGGUGGAUGGUUCUGUGGUGAAAAAGGUUUAUUAUAUUACUCAUGGCUGCCUUGUACAAAAUCCGUUAGGAAAGCAAAUGUAAAAUAUCAGAUUUCUAACAAGACAAAAACAGCAUUAUGGAGUUAAAAGAUUUUUAACAACUGGUGUUGAUUUUGAUGUGAGCUGGUUUUUAACUCUCAAACAUUGUCACUUAAAUAAAAACCUUAUUUGCCUUUAAAA